UCAAGCUGUAAUCAAAAAUAAAAAUAAAAAAUAAAAUAAAUAAAUAAUCUGACUAUACCAUGCAGUAUGUACAAAUGCGUCAAAAUAAAAAGCACCGAAACGUGCACAGCUUUGUUCAAAUGUCAAUUUUGGUAUUUCAGAAGUUAUGUAAGCAGAAGAAUUCUGUAUGUUUUCCUCAUAUCUUUGAUGGGUUUUAAUCAGUUUUCAUCAGUACUCCUAUAUGUUUCACAUGUAUCUAUUCACAGGUUUGAGAAUAACCUGUUUCGAUCUCCUAUUGUAACAAAACUCUAAAGGCAAAUGGACAAAGACUUUUGUAAACAUUCUCUAUCGAUGAACUAAGUCCGCUGAAAUUGGAAGAUCAGACAGACUCUCCAAGUUCUAAAUAACUUAACUGGAUGGUGUAUUCCACUGAAACAUACACUUUUCUAACUGUACACCAAAGAAAGUGGAAAGUUAACAGAUAACACAGAUGAGGUCACCCAUAUCAGGAUUAAUAGCUGAAGCCAUAAUGCACAGAUUAGAAUUAAUAGCUCUACCUAUAAUUAAACCAAAAGUAUGCGUACGUUACAUUGAUGAUACAUUUGUAAUAAUUAAAAGAAAUGAUUUGGAAUAUACCCAUAAGUUAAUCAACAAAAAUUUCGAAGACAUCAGAUUCACAAAAGAAUCAGACAUGAAAAUCCCAUUCUUCUUAGAUGUCUUAAUCAGGGGAACCAACACGGAGAAUUUAGAAACACAAGUAUAUAGAAAAACAACGCACACAGAUCAAAUAAUCAACUAUAGUAGCAAUAAUCCAAUUACUCACAAUAGAAACUGUGUGCAGACAUUGUUUAAAAGAGUUCAAACACAUUGUAGCACUCCAGUGUUGAAAAGAAUGGAGGAAACACACCUGCUGACCAGCUGUCUUCAAAAAGAAUGGAUAUUCACACAAUUUCAUCAAAAAGUGUUUAAAAUCGAGUCACAACACCAACAAGAAACCAUCAUCAAAGACAACAAGGAAAUUCAUUCUACCAUGUAAAUAAAAUAUAUCUGAAAUAACAGAUAGAAUAGUGAAACUGUUUGAAAUAGAUAUAGUACACAAACCAGCCAACUCAGUCACUUCAUUCGAUAUUGUGCAAACCGAAAGAUCCAAGAGAAAAAGAAGAUAAAAUUAACACCAUUUACAAAAUAAACUGUUUGAACUGUAACAGACAUUACAUCGGCCAAAGUGGGCGUCCCCUUCAAAUCAGAAUCCAGGAACACAAAUCAGACGUGAAAAGACAUGAUAUAUAUUAUUUCAUAUCAAUGCAUAUAGAUAAUUAUGGACAUCAGUUUGAUUGGGAUAAUGUCGAA